AUGGUGGGUUGGCAAAGACUUGUUUUACAGACACUGUAUCGUCAAGCUGGGAGAAGGGUAGUGCCCUCUAGUCAAACCACCUUUGCCAAGUCCUCAUCUUCAUGCGGGGCAGCAUCCUCUGUUUUCCCUGGCAAAUCAAAUUGUUUGGAGACGUUUUGGAACCCAUCAUCAUCAUCAUCCUCGCUGCGGCCUCUUUAUCAGUAUUUGCAACAUGCGGGAAUUUCCUAUUCAAGGACAAUGCUGGCUGAUUCGUCAGAGGAUAAACCUAUUCCUUCUCCAUUGACUCCUGUCCUAGCUUUGGAUAGCGGAAAAGCUGAAGACCAGAAGGCAGUCUCCAAACCUGCUACUGUUCAAGCUGUACUGAAGGGGAUAAAGCAGAGUCCCAAGAAGGUCAACUUGGUUGCUGCGCUAGUUCGUGGCAUGCGAGUUGAAGAUGCAUUGUUGCAGUUGCAAGUGACCGUGAAAAGGGCUGCAAAAACUGUUUACCAGGUCAUCCAUUCAGCACGAGCGAAUGCAACACAUAAUCAUGGGCUGGAUCCAGACCGUCUACUCGUUGCUGAGGCAUUCCUGGGGAAGGGGCGCUUCAUAAAGAGAGUCUCGUAUCAUUCCAAAGGGAGGCAUGGAAUCAAAGUGAGACCGGAGUGUCGAUUGACGGUUGUAGUGAGGGAGACAACCCCAGAGGAGGAGGCCCAUAUAGCCAAGCUGAAGGUGAACAACUUCCGCAAGCUGACAAAGCGGGAGAAGCGUCUUGUCCCUCACAAACUUAUCGAGAUCGAACCAGUUUGGGGCCGUAAAAGCAGAAAUCACGAAUCGAGAGCUUCUGCUGAAUAA